CAGAAGAGGCUUUACCAAACAGACAGAACCCCCCACAAACGAGCAAGCAUUCGAGCUAGCUACAAUCGCUAGCUAGCGUCCUACGUUUUCUGGAGACAUUCAACCGUCCAAAUACCAUCAUGUCUUCAAGAACUCUGCCUCUGCUAUUCAUCAACCUCGGAGGAGAAAUGUUGUACAUCCUGGACCAGCGGCUUCGAGCUCAGAAUAUCCCUGCUGACAAAGCCAAGAAAGUUAUGAAUGACAUCAUCACCACCAUGUUCAACAAAAAGUUCCUAGAAGAGCUUUUCAAGCCACAGGAGCUUUACUCCAAAAAGGCCCUGCGGACUGUGUUCGACAGGCUGGCCCACGCCUCAAUAAUGAGACUCAAUCAAGCUAGCAUGGACAAGCUCUAUGACUUGAUGACCAUGGCUUUCAAGUACCAGGUGCUUCUCUGUCCUCGACCUAAGGACAUCCUCCUCAUCUCCUUUAACCACAUGGAUGCAAUCAAAGACUUUGUGAAAGACACUCCCAGCAUUCUCAGCCAAGUUAAUGAAACGUACCAACAGCUCAUAGAGAUGUAUACAACCUUGUGUAGUGGGGAAUUCCAGCUGAUCAGACAAACUCUCCUUAUCUUCUUCCAAGACAUGCAUAUAAGAGUGUCUAUUUUCCUCAAGGAUAAAGUGCAGAACUCCAAUGGGCGCUUUGUGCUUCCCACCAGUGGUCCUGUGCCUUAUGGAACACAAGUCCCUGGCUUGAUAAGGAUGUUUAGCUGUACUGGUGAAGAGGUGACCAGGCUGCAGUUCAAUAAUGGAGGAAACUAUACCGCGGCUCUCCGGGAGGGAUCUUUUGAGUUAUUUAGAGACAGGGUCACCAAACUAGGCACAAACAUGUACAGUGUAAGCCGCCCAGUGGAAACACACAUGUCAGGAACGUCUAAAAAUUCUGCUCAGCACACUAAGGUCAACACUGCUCCCAACCCUCUGGCCAAAGAGGAGCUAAAUAUGUUGUCCAAGUUAAUGGGAGGGCUAGAAGUUCCGAAAUCAGGAAAUGCAGACAACGGCUUCCGUGUCAACCUCUUCAAUACUGAUGAGGAGGAAGAAGAGGCAUUAAUGUCAAGACCACGUGACCUUUCAUAUGAAGUUAUAAACAUCCAAGCAACAAAGGACCAGCAAGUCAAUGCAGAGCUGGCCAAGAUCAUGGGGGAGUUCUCAGAGUCGGGAGAACAAUCUCCCAGCUCCAGCAGUAAAGGAGACGACCUUCUGGCCAUGAUGGACGGGAUUUUCAUGUAGACCAGUCUUCUGUCUGUAGCUGCGUAUACACUGCAGCAACCUGACAUGCAGUCAGAAAACCUUCUUUUGGGUGCUUUUAAAAUGGAGAUGUGAGCAGGUGUUUCAAUUGGUUGUCAAAUGACCAACUGCAAAGUUUCAGUGAAUCAAAAUAUACAGUGGGCAUACUUUAUAUUAGUGUAUGUGGUAAUAGCAAAACAUCUGUGUAUAAUGUCAUGAUGCAUUUUUUUAAAUCCGUCAGACUUCGCUGCCGUACAGAAUAUAUGCGUUCCUUUAAUUUUACACAAUGUAAUUUAUCUUAAAUGUUAAUACAUCUCUGUUGUAGUUGAUUUGAUUGUUUAUAGUCCAUAAUUCCGUGUUCCACAGUGCUCUAUUUUGAUGAACAAAUUGUGAUAUCGUGGGGGAAUUGCAGGAAACCCAAGUGCUCUUUUUUUUAAUGUGAUUCAAAUUCCCUCAAAUCUUUAUUUUGGUAAGAAAUAUAUUUAUCUUGCAUCACACUCUACUACCUUUUAAACAGUAUGAGAGCAACUUGUAAGACAUUUUUCACUACCCUGUGAUGUCUCUAGUGUUAAGCUAUGGCCCAGAAAUGUGCUCAUUUAUGAGUAUGUUAUUAUGAUAUAUAGAGCAAUGCAAUAUAAGUAAUGUCUAAUAUGUAAAUAUGUUCAUUGCAUACUUUAUUUAUUUAAAUCUAUAAUUAUCUGUGUAUAGGAAGGUGCAUAUUGCUCCAGUCGUUAAAUUGUUGAAUGUGCGAUGUAGGAUUUUUAAUAAAUAGAUGGAAAAAAAAUGUA